AUCGUAACCGGCAAAAAUUAUCCUUCCAUUUUGAAUUAAUACCCUUCGCAAGCUCGAAUCGUUCUCAAAAGUAGCCGCUGCCUCAAUAUGAAUCCAUUCAAGGCUACUACUAAUGAGGGGAAUAACAAUCAGUUGGUCGAGGCUCAGACACUGUCCCGUGCAGCCCGAGCGAUUCGCGCCUUCUACACAAAUCCGACCAUGGCCGCUUUGCUAGCUGCCAUCGUUGCGGCCUCCCAGGAAGGGGAGGGCAUCGUGCGUCAGCCGCAGCUUCCGAUUGGCCAAUAUAUGGACUUCUUUAUGCGCCAUUGCAUCCAGCUGCCGGCCGCCCAUGUGCUCUCCCGCACGGUACAUGUGAAUGCGACCGUUUUCCUAACACAUUGCGCCAGGGUCUGCAGCAAACGUGAGCUAGCCGGGCGUUUGCUUCCAGAGAAGGAAGACCUGGCCGAAAGUCGGCCAUCGGAGGGAGGACAUCGUGGCCACGAGAAUAGCGACAGUCGUCAUCCAGCGAAUUCUCCAUUCAAUUAUGUGAUGAAACCAAAACCAUUUACGGUAAUGUGCGACGAGGAGCGCUUCAGUCGCAAGCAUAUGCAAUAUAAGCCAGUUCGUGAACCGCCCGUAAACAGUACGGAUUAUGCAGUGCAUCCCUUGUGGCGGGGCAUACAGCUGGUCGAUGCGUCAGAUCCGAAUGCUGUUGACUUCAAGGGUAACUAUAAGCUGUUCACCUACCAUAUGGAUUCCACGUCGAACACGCUGAUGCCGGACAUUCCCUUUCGGUCCAGGCAGUUCUCCAGUCGCCGCAACAUGCUCGCGAUCAUAGACGACGUCGAGAGCAGCGCCGUAGCGUUCCGCCAUCUGCAGUCGGCGAGGAAUAACGAACUGGACGAGGACUCGGACAUGGCAGAGUCGAUAAUGUUCGAACGGCCCAUUAAUAACAUGAACAUCUCGGAUAUGUCUUCCGAGUCGGACGAGCUGGGCGUGCGGACCAGCAGGGCCAUUAAGGUGGAGCAAUGGAAUGUCGCCGACGAGAGCUCUGUCAGCAAGUUGGAGGCCUGGCAACACGCCUUCGUGAGCCGCGUCCUCAAGGCUAAAUCAGCGGUCGGACCGGUCGAAGUGAAGUCUGAACCAACGGACGAUUGUGAUAAGAAGCCUGAAUCGUCGGACAGUUCAGCUCGGUUCCUUGAUAUUCCAAGAAGUAAACCGAUUAGGGCAACGCCGACGUCCUCCGACUCAUCCGCAGACGAAUCGAUUGCCGAGGAGCUAAGCAGCAACGCCUUGCCGACCAAAGAGAUUGGCGACGAUGAAGAUCCGGACUCGCCGUUCAAUCCCAAUGUGAAGGGCGAACAUCAAGGAGCAGCGUUCAGCGUUAUACCCCUCGCCGGCGUCAGGGAUCUGAAGCUGUUCUCCUACAACACCAACGAUGCCCGGGUGCAGCAGUUGCUGCCAGUUUUGCCACGCACCAAGUUUCAGGUUCAAGCCAAGGCUAAUGCCCAGGCAGCGCAGAUCCAUGGGAGCACGUCGCUGAUGGACAUGCAGAGCUACCUGGAGGCGCGUUUGUUGAAACUACAGCGGAACCUCGAGGAGCCGUGCAGCAGCGAGGCAGCGAACAGGCUGCGCCUCGAAAUGAUCCAGAUUCGGCGGGAGCUCAUCAAUAUUCAGCCAGAUUCGGAGGAGUCUUCCGACAUGGAUGUGGAGCCGGCAGCCUUGACGUCCAGCCGCUCCAGAUCGCUACUAAACGACGCACUGGACAACAUGUUACGCAACAUUAGCCGCGACAAGGCAACUGCCAUGGAGCGCAGACUGACCAGAAAUGUGGUUGGCUUCUUUGGCAGCACACGUCCGAAUCAACGGUCCCCGUCGGUAGCCGUGGCAGUGUCGGACGAGCUCGGUCGCAAGGUCAUCAAGCGUCGCCUGUCGUCGAACAUCGCGGCAGCAACAGAUUCGCCAUUCGACUUCAAGCCCAUCGAGCACAGCUCCGCGAUGCCCGAGAAGCGUCGCUGCGAGGAGCCACCGACUCACCCAAGUCCCCACACACCCCAUGAUGAUGUGCCCAAUAAUAUGACCUUGGCCAGCACGCUCACUAGCAUGACCAAGGUCAAGGCCGACCUGCGGGUGGCCCAGCAUCAGCUACGGAUACGCAUGUUGACGAUACACGGGCGUCUGGAGGAGCCGUGCACCAGCAAGGAUGCGCAUAGAUUGCACGAGGAGUUAGCUGGUAUACGCGAAAAGCUGGCGACGAUUGCUGAGGCACUUGAUGCAACUAUUCCGGACGGCUCCUCGGACAUGGACUUGGAGGUUUCGACAACGGACUGCGAUGAUCAGAAUGUGCAGCCAAAUGAGCCGGAGGCUCUGCAGCUUGCCGCCACGAACGAGCCGCAGGACAUUGAUUUUAAUGAAUCUGGUUUUUUAGAUAGCUCGCGCUUGGAUCAGACGCUGCCAAGGUCGCCGACUGGACUCAGUUUCCUGGAGAGCACUCGCCUGGACGAGCGGCCGCAGCGUCCAGCAGCGGAGGACUCCAGCCAUAGGUCGGAUCAGCCAUUACCUGCCGACUCGGGCGUUGUCUCAGCCGAUGUGAGCGACCAAGUGACUCCAUCAACGCUCCAACAAAGCGGGCAUAUGGACGCGGACACAAUCGUGAAGGAGCUGGAUGGGAUGGAGCGUCAGGCAGAGCUGGAGGCCAAGUCGCUUGCGGAAGAGACAGCGGAAAGUGAACAGAACGAUGUUGACGACUUCGAAGAUGAAGAUAAACACCAAGCGUCAGUGCGUCAUUCGACGAGGCUUCACAAUCAGCCCGAAGUGAAUGAAGUCUGCGAUGCUAUGGAAGAUCAGUCCGACUCGUAGAUUAGACAUUAAGUACUGGCCUCUCCGGACUAAAAUCCUAAUCCAAAGCCAAAUUCUCGGAUUCAUGUAAAUAAGUUAAGACGCAACGCUGCCAAAAAUGAGCUUAAAGUAAAUCUCUU